AUGUCGACACCCGCCCAAAGAGAAUACGAUGAUCUAGUGGCCAGCUCGCACACCUUCUCCAGAGUCCAUCCUGAAGACUAUCACCCUUCGGACGGAGACUCGGACGUAUCUUCCGACCACGACGGAGCCACCACCCUCCACUCCACCGAAGAACGUUCCAUCGCGCCCUCGAACUCCUCGACCAUUAUGCCGACUGCCACCUAUCUGCCUGCGACGACCACCCAAUUUGACGCCAACACCGGUCCCAAAGGCGUUAUCGCCGAUGCCCGAUCUUUCGAGACCGCAAAGAAACGCUCCUUCCGCCAGACCCUUCACGCCUUCACCGAUGCCUCUCCAUUCAAGAAACUUAACCCUGUCAGCCGAGAGAAAAGCAAGUCCCCAAGUCCAGAUCUCUCCACCGACGAAGAGGAGGACGAUUUCAUGAGGCAGUGGAGACAAAAGCGGCUGGACGAGCUCGCCACCAUGAAGCAAGAGAUUCGAACAAGGAGGCAAAGCCCCAGCAAGCGACGGUAUGGGAGCCUAGUUGCUGUUGAUCCAGCGGGAUAUCUCGAUGCAGUGGAGAAGGUCGGUGCCGAGACGGUGGUGGUGGUAUUAAUCUACGAUGAUCAGGUACACCUCCUUAUCCUCUCCUAUCCCAAUUUCUGCCACUACACUUUAUCCAACAAAGUCGAAGACGCCCUCACCUAUCUCGCCCGUAAACACCCCACCACUCGCUUCGUCAAAUUGCACUAUCAAGACGCCGAGAUGGACGAGGUCGCUGCACCCGGCGUGCUGGCUUAUCGGGCAAGCGAGUGCUUUGCCAACCUGGUCUCUUUCAUUACUGAGAUACCAGCGGGCAAGGACGUGAACACAGCCACUGUUGAGGAAGUUCUGGAACGGUACAUCCCUCAUCAUGAGUCAAUCCGAAAUGAUGCUGAUGAUCUUCACAGGCAUAAGAUCCUAAUCUAA